CAAAUAGAUCUAGUCUAGAUCUAAUAUCUAGAUUAGAUCUAAAUUUUAAAUAUGAUAAAUGCGAUAUAGUCUAGACAUCAUAAUCAUUUAUAGACAAUAUUAUGAACAGGGCCUGUAAAAUUAGGGCUAUAGAUCUGGUCUAGAUCAAGUAGCUUACCUAGCCGGCUACCUACCCUACUCUGGUGUCUCUAUACAACAAUGCAUUGCUAUCAUAUCGAUCUGAAUUUGAUUGUUUUUAUUACAAUCAUAUUCAAUGGCUGACAAAAAUAAGUCCAUAGAUGACAUCCAGGAAAAAAUAAAAAGACUUCAGAAAGAAAAGGAUGAACUUGAAAGACAAAACAGAGAACGUCAACAGAUUGAACAGUUAAAAUCUUUGGAAGAAAGUAUUUCUGCUCUGAAAUCCACAAGCUCUUUCAAUUUGCAAAGCAAUAGAGACAUAGCAGAUGGAUCCGCCAUAGACACUCAUAAUCAUUCUAGAUCAUCAAAUCAAAACAGAUAUAUGUCUGAUCUAUCUGAUAACCAGGAAAAUUCUAGAGAAAGAUGUCAGUUUUCUGAUGAAGAAUGUGAAGAGGAUGAAGCUAUGACUACAGAACACAAGAAAGCUAUUUUGGAAAACCGAGAUGUGUUAGUUGAGAAUAUUAUAGCAGAUGAUAUAUUUUCUGAACUAAUCGCAAAACGUGUAUUGUCUAUAAGUGAUGUAAAUCGUAUUAAAGAGAAAAGUGGUGCUGAAGCAAAAAAUGAGGAACUACUCAACGUCAUUAGUAAGAGAUCAGACAAAGCCUUCUUUGUCUUUGUUGACGCCUUGCGAAAAACACUUCAAGGAUGGUUAGCCAAUAAAUUAGAUCCUCCUUCGUCCAAGAGUAAAAUGAAACGUAAAAGAAAAAGUGGGGAGGUCAGAGUUAAUGUGGACUGUGAAAGUAUUACUCCAUCAACUCAAAAGAAAAUGAAAUGCUCUUGUCUAGAAGUUGAAGAACUGAUGCUGCAGAUGGCCAAAAAUGCCUAUGCAAAUAUCAAAAGAAAGGAUCCAUCUCCUGCUGCCUAUGAACAGUUUAAAAAAGAACUUGAAGGAACUAAUAAAUUAAUCUUGGAAGCAACCGAAGUGACAAAUGCAAUCAAGAUGUUAUGCAAACAUGGAAAAUUGACAGACAUAUCAGAUGGAAGUGUUUGCUUUACUCUGCGUUGUAAAUCUCUGGCUGCCUGUGAGGAACUUUGGGAAGCUUUUAUUUCAGGGAGAAUGUUGCAUGCCUUUCAGAGUUGUUUCAUCUCACCAUCAUUAUUAAAGGAAUGUGGUGCUAAAUCUAUCAAAUUAUGUUUACGAAUUUCCCAUCUGGAGUACCUGACAUGUGCUCUUGAAAUUGCCCAGGAAGAAUUAAAUCAUCUCUCUGUAACACCCAUCAAGUUGCGCCUGCGGAAAAACAGAAAUAAAGCUAAUUUGGGGAAGAGUAAAAAAGCUUUCAGAAGAUCAUUAAGUAAUGACAGCUACAAAUGUCAGCAUAUAUCAAGCAAAUUAAUGGUACCUGUACAAGAACAUAAGACAGCCUCAGACAAUAUAGUAUUUACUGCUACGGAACAAAAAAUGAGAAAUCAUCAUCAAUCUUGGUUAAAACUGAGAAAUAGACAUUUGACUACUCUGUCAAAUAAUAUUUCAAACAUUUAUGCAGGCUCCACAACAAAUAAAACUCCUGUUUUGAAUACAGAAUUUAAAAAGGUCAUGAGUAACUGGAAUCACACAUGUACUAGUUUCAGUGUUAAUAAGGAAAAUUCGUCACUGCUGACCAUGUCAGACAAGUGGAAUUCAAGUCAUUACAAUUUACGUGUAAGAAACUGAUUUUUGUAUUUGCCAUCAUUAUAAAUAAUGUAGAUAAUAAGAGUUAUAAAGGAAACAGUGUUGAAACAACUGGGUUCGCAAUACAUUAUUUAUUACAACAAAGCUGCUUCUUAUAACAAUAAGUAUUGUUUUAAGUACAGAAUUUCAUCAAUCAUCGAAGGUGGCAGCUUUUGUAUUUGUUUUUCUGUUUGUAAAUUUGUAUCUCUUAACUUAAUGAAAUAUUUUUAUGUUAUUUAAAAAAAUAUCUUCCCUCCUCCGACCCAAUUUUGUGAAUUGAAAAAUUAACAUAGUAGAAAAUAGGGGUACUUCUAAAUUCUAAAAAAGACCAGCAUGCCCAUCUUAACAUAAAGUAUAAAAUGUCUUGCAAUAUUGUUGAUAAGCAAUACAUUUUAAUGUUAUCUAAAUGUUUUAAACAAAAUUUGAAAACUGUUGUAAAAGUACAAUGCAUAUCAACAAAGAACUUGCCUUAGCACUUCCAACAAUUAGCACAAUAAUAAAUGACAAAGACAAAAUUUGUGCUGCAGAGUUUACAAAAAUGGCAUUAUCAAUAUGAUAAUUCAUAGAACUUUUGAUGACUUGCAUAUUGAUUGAAAGUAACAUGGGACUUCAUAAAGUAGUUGGCAUGGUACAGCUUUGUGUUUGGCAGUAUCUUAAUUGAGAUGAAACUUUGGAACUGUGCUGAUACCAGUUUCUAUCAAUGUUCUUUUGUACUCAUAAAGUCCUACAUUUUGUACGCACUUGUGUUAUGCAACUAAAUAAUGGACAUAGUAUAUACCAUUUAUUUUAAACAUCAAUAUAUCACAUUUAGUUGGUCCUUUGAAGUUGAAUAUGAAUGUAAACAAUCUUUACAUAUUUUUGUUAUUUUAAUCAUUAUUUUUUCCUUUGAAAGUACCAAAAAAGGUAAAAAAAUUUUAAAAAAAGUUUUUCUACCUAUUGUUAAUAAAUAAUUUUUACAAUUUUUGUUAUCUUUUUGCUUGCAUGUACUUAAUGGUUUGUUGAUGUUGAACCAUUUUGUUUUUUUAUUUACCAUGCAAUGUUUAAAUCUAGCAGCAAAUUGUUCAUCUAUUUUACUUUUAGCCUAGAAUGUAUAUUUAGGUGAAUAGAUUAAAAAAAAUAACAUCCUGGUCUUCUCAACAUAAAUUAGCUUGUAGUUUUCAACCUCACAGAAGUGCUUGCCUACAUUUUCUUUCUAUUCAUCAGGGUUAGGCACAUUGCUAGUCACAUGUUCAGGUGUGCACAGUAUUCUUUAUGAUGAUGUAUUUUUCUCCUGAUUAUUUUUUAAAAGCAGUUUUAUGUUGAGUUUAGAAAAAGAAAACUAAAAAAAAAAAAAAUAGUACUUGUACUUUUGG